AUGACAUCGAAAGCAAAACUCAACGUACAGUCCUUUCCCCGACCUCCACUGCUGGAGCGCACACCUCGUCAUUUACAGAUCAAAUGGGGUGACAAGUUAAUCGCCGACACCAAGGAGUCCUUUUGGGUUCUCGAAACCCAUCACCCUCCCACCUAUUAUCUUCCGCCGUCCUCGGUCAAGCUUCCCCUGACUCGGACACCUCGGUCGUCGUAUUGUGAAUGGAAAGGAAGGGCAACGUACUAUUCCAUUGAGUUGGAUGGCAACAAAGUAUCAAACCGUAUAUGGUCAUAUGACAACCCCACGCGAGGUUUCGAGCCACUCAAGGACUUUUUGUCCUUUUACGCUGGACCGUGGGACUGUGUCGUGGACGGCGAAAAGGUCGAGGCACAGCCUGGCGACUUUUAUGGUGGUUGGGUCACUAGUGAUAUCGACGGGAUUGUUAAGGGCAAGAAUGGCAAUUUUGAUCCAGUGAUUUAG